AUGAGUAAUUCAAAGAUUAAAACAGUUUUUCUUGAUGUUAAACCAGUCCCAGAGAAAAGGAGGAAGAGCAGAAGACUUUCAAAAAAUGCAACAUCAUCGCAAAGAAACAGUAUUUCAUUAUAUGCAGAGAACCGUCCUUCAUUAGCUUCUUUAAAGUCGUUCGCUAAUUUUAAACAUGAUAUUAUGUUUAAUUCUAUCAAACCAACUUACAUGUUUGUUAAAGCUAUUGGAGCAUUGCCUAUUCGUAAAAGAAGAAGUGAAGAAGCGGUAUUUAGUACAACUUCUUUGGACUUUUUUUAUUCUUUAGCUUUUUUCAUAGGAUUAUUGAUCUAUAUUGGAUUUGUUGCUGUAUUUCGAGUCUCAUCAAUUAAAAGCACAGAAGGCAGAUUUGAAGAAGCUGUAAUAGCCUAUUUAUUUAUUAUAAAUAUUUUUCCAGUUUUAAUAAUACCAAUAAUGUGGGCCGAAGCUGGAAAAAUAGCUGGUGUAAUGAAUGAAUGGAGUGACUUUGAAAUUCUUUAUUUUCAAAUAACAGGACGAAUUAUACCAUUAGAUAUUCGUAAGAAAUGUGUAUUGAUGACUAUAAUAUUACCUUUAUGUUCAGGUGUAUCAGUUAUUAUAACGCAUAUUACAAUGUCGGAUUUUGAUAUUGUUCAGGUUGUACCCUACUGUAUAUUAGAUAAUUUAACUGUUAUGUUAGGUGCGCUUUGGUAUUUAAUGUGUGAAUCCUUAAGCAGAACCGCAUAUAUUUUAGCCGAAAAUUUUCAAAAGGCUCUUCGAAAUAUUGGCCCAGCAAGUAUGGUGGCAGAUUAUCGUGCAUUAUGGUUACGUUUAAGUAAAUUAACAAGAGAUACUGGAACUGCAUUUUGUUAUACAUGCACUUAUUUAAAUUUAUAUCUUUUUUUUAUAAUAACAUUAUCGAUUUAUGGAUUAAUGUCACAAAUAUCUGAAGGCUUCGGAAUAAAAGAUAUUGGUUUAGCUGUAACAGCAUUAAGUAAUAUUUGUUUAUUAUUUUUUGUAUGCGAUGAAGCACAUUAUGCUUCACAUCAUGUCAGAACAAAUUUUCAAAAAAAACUUUUAAUGGUUGAAUUAAGUUGGAUGAAUUCAGAUGCUCAAACUGAAAUAAAUAUGUUUUUGAGAGCAACUGAAAUGAAUCCAUCGAAUAUUAAUUGUGGUGGAUUUUUCGAUGUUAACCGAAAUUUAUUUAAAUCGCUCUUAACAACAAUGGUAACAUAUUUGGUAGUUUUAUUACAAUUCCAAAUAAGUAUUCCCGAACAAGCGGAUCCUUUUAAAAGAUUUAAUAUUUCAGCACUUGGAAAUUACACAUUAAAUUAA